AUGGCCGGGGACUCAACGACGGGCAGCAAUGAUAGUACAAGUUCUAUUGAAAGCAGAAAGGCCAGCAGGGAGAAACUGGAGCGCUGGUUGAACAAGAGCAUGAGAAUCAAGAUGACUGAUGGAAGGACACUUGUUGGAACUUUUGUGUGCACAGACUGUGACUGCAAUAUUAUCAUGGGAUCUUGUGAAGAAUACUUGAAGCCACCAGAUUCAGAGCCAAGAGAGGACCCACGUAUCCUGGGGUUAGCAAUGGUACCUGGCAAACAUAUUGUGUCCAUAGAAAUUGAUGACACAUCCACAGCAGAGGAAGAAGAAUGUGACGGCACUGCUAAAAACGAGAGCAGGAACAGCGUUGUGCAUACACCUGUUAGUGAACAGAGCACCAGUCUGGAGAGUGGAGCUGAUGUUGUAUGA